CUCGCUCCGGUGUAUUAAAAUAUUUUUAAUUUUUUGACAAAAUUUAUUUACAACACUUUAGCAAAUAAUUUCCUAAGAAUAAGAUAAUUUAUUUAAACUUUCACCUGUGGCGUAGUUUUUGGGAGCCGUCUUAUCAACGAAGUACCAUGCUUACAAUCAAGGCCUUAUAUAUCUUUCUAUUGUGUAAUAAACUCGUUUUAAUUUAUCUUCAGCUUGUUUAUAAUAUAUGCGGUCUUUUGAGCUUUUAUUAUGAUAAAGUGAUGAAUGCAAUACAAUAACUUCUCUUUGGCAAUAUGUUUGCGGUUGUUUUCACAUUUAAAACUUCUAAAGAUGUUGAUGUCAAUUCUGUGAAAAUUGUGUUUUACUAUGGACCUUGUUAUAAAGAUUUUGAGGUUUUUGAUUUGAAUGAUGGAGCAUCUCUCUUAAAACAUUCAAAAUUUAUUCAUAACCACACAACUUUAUUUAUGCCGGGAUAUAAAAAUCGUAGAAUGAAUUCCUUAGUAUUUCUUUUGGCAAAAUCGUAUUUGGAGGGGAACUUUUCAAAUUUUGUGUAUUUGGACUGGGAAGAACUAGCCAACGGAAACUAUACUUCAGCACAACAAAAUGUCUUUAAGCUUUCGGAAAAAGUCGCUGAUUUUAUCAUCGAUCUAUUUAAACUUGGAAUGGAUGAAGAUUCCUUCAGCAUGAUUGGACAAUCGAUGGGUGCACGUGGUAUAGGAGUAAUUGCGAGAGAUGUCAUAGUUAGAAGUAAUGGAAGCAGGAUAGUAUCAAGAAUAACACCCUUAGAUCCAUCAAACGAAGAAGCGCAUGAUAAUUUCAUUUUGCCAGUAAUUGAAAAAUCUUUUGCAAAGUUUGUUGAUGUAAUUCAUUCGGAUUCUGGGGGAGUUGGAACAAGAAAAGCCAUGGGGCAUGCUAACUUCUGGCCCAAUAAUGGUAUUGCAUUACAACCUGGAUGUCCUGAUGUAAAUCAAUCACAAUAUUGCAGUCAUAGAAAAGCAACUGCUUAUUGGGCUGAAAGUGUGGCAAACAGAAACCCAAUACUAGCAUUUCCUUCAGGAAGCUAUGAGAAACUACUGAAAAAUGGGAUCGAAAAAUAUAUGGAUAGAGCUGUUCCAAUGGGAAUAGACUGCCCUAAAGGUACAAGGGGAGAUUAUUAUUUACAACAUAAUACCACAUUUGGUCAUUGCUUUUUUAUUGUUCCUACAAUCGGGGAAACUAAUUGCCAAAUUUAAUUUAUAUUUAAUUUUUGACCAUGUUGAACAAAAUAUUUAUAUGCAAAU